AUGUCUCCCCCAAUCCACUAUUCUAUUUUAUCUUCUUCCAAGCUCGCAAGUUCUGACUAUCAAACCAUGCCAUGGAAGAAUGGUCAAGGAACUACCAGACAAUUUAUCAUUUCUCCAUCAACGUGUACAUCUGUUAAUGAUGAUUUUACAUUCCGUUUAUCGAGUGCUCAGAUGAAAACACAAUUUCAUCAACAACAACCUCUUGAAGAGCAACAAACAACAACAAACUCUCAAAAGGUCCCCUUCUCAUCCUUUGUAGGCUAUUCUCGUGUUUUAAUUUAUACUCAAUGUAAUCUAUCGCAACAUCCACAACAAAAGACUACACAUCCAACACAAAUGUACAUUAUUCAACAACAUGAAGAACAAGAUUCAUCAAGGAAGGAAUUAAUACAAAGGGAUUAUCUUCCACUGAUGGUUCCCUAUUACUUUUCUGGUUCUGCCAAAACAGAGUGUGAAUUAAUUCCUUCAACAAUCGAUGAAGGAGACCAGGAACAUUUAAUUAUUGACUAUAAUGUCAUGACGAAGGAUGAAAGAACCAAGUGUGAGAAGGUCGUUUGUCGUUCUGUGCAUGACUUUGAUUCAUCAGAAGAAAUUAAUUUGUUGCAAUUAUUGGAUUUAUUACCAGUAACAACAACUUCAUCAACUACAACAGAACAAGAUGAAGAAGAACAACAAAUAGAUACUAGUAACAAUCAAAGGAAGUGGCACUUGUUUUUAUAUGUACCCGAUGAUUUGGAUGCCUUGGUCAAAGUUAACAUUCCAAAAUCAUCCAAUCAUGAUGAUAAGAGUUCUAUUCACAUAUUGAAUAGAGAUGAUACUUUGCAAUUGGAAGGUGUUGGAGAUUAUUCACAAGUAAUGUCUCAAGUUAAGGUUACUUUUGAACCAUUUUCUAAUGAACAAGAAAAAGGAGGAAGUCAUGUUAUUGGUGUUUUAAUUAUUGAAAAUUAA